UGUGUGGUAAGGAUAUGGUUAGAGAAGACAAGAAUUAUGAGGAGGCAUCAUUUCAAUUCUGCAUCAAACAUAGCACAUUCAAUGAAGAAGAAUAUAUCGAGGUGAAGAAAUGUGGAGUUGAUGUAAUUUACGUGGAUGCAGAGAGGUGCACCAUUACUGAUGUCAUGAGAUGUGAUAAAUCCAACCACAAUUUUAAUUCUCAAGAGGAUGCUAAUACUGAGGAACCCCAUCACCAUUCUGCUACAGAAACAAGCACAAGGAGAUCAAAGCGGCACAGGAUCACAGAAACAAGAACGAGGAGAUCAAAUCGGCACAGGGUCACAGGUGAUUGGAACUUAGAAAUACAUUUGCUUCUCUAUUACAUCUGACAACUGCACAAAUAAAUUAGUAUUAGUUAAUCUCUUGUUAUAUCAUUAUGCACGGAAUUGAGCAUGUUGUUGCUGGCACUAGCAUCCAUGUCGUUGGUCAUGAGUAGAAUUGACAAAAGUGGGAAAGUGUUGUGCAUGCAGGUAUAUGACAUAAUGAAAACU